AUGAUAGUUCUUAAGGAUGCCGAAGUCCGCCAAAUACUAGAAAACCUUACAUUAGAUGAUAUCAAAGAGUACCAAAAUACGUUAUCCAGAGGCUUGAUCGAAUACUACCAGGACAAUAACAUAAUACCUUCGAGGAUUGUGACAACAACAAAAUAUGCUACUCACCUUUUCAUGGGUAGUUCCGGCUCUCAGGUAGGUAUGAAGGCACUUACUGGUUCGCAUUCGGGCUUCCGUGGUCUGACAACUAUAUUGGAUAAACAUGAUGGAUCGCCAAUAGGCAUAUUGAAUGCAGCCACACUAACUGCAUUUCGUACCGCACUUUCGACCACUUUAGCACUUGCAAAGGUGUUCGUUCCAGGUGAUCAGAAAUCGUUCAUAGGAGGGAAUCUGAUUGUUUACGGUUCUGGCCCACAAGCAGAAUGGCAUUUAAGGCUAGCUCUUACACUUUAUCCGGGCUUUUUUGACAAGGUGGUGAUAAUUAAUAGAACAACAAAGAAUGCUGAUGCCCUAGUAACGAUUCUCAAGGCCAAGUUUUCGGAUAUUUUAUUUGAAAUAGUAUCUAUGGAUGACGAAAUCCACAUUACGGAAGCCUAUAAAAAUACCAGUGUGAUUUUUUCAUGUGUCCCUACGUCCUCACCUGUUGUAGUCAAACGUAAUAUAGAUCAGGAUAGAAGAAGCAAGAUUUUUAUUGGGGCAAUCGGUUCUUAUAAGCCGGAAAUGAUUGAAAUCGACGGAGAGACGUUAAUAAAUCAAUGCAUUUCAAAGGGAGGAAAAAUUAUUGUUGAUUCAAUAAACGAUUGCCUAAGAGAAGCCGGGGAAUUUCAACAAAAUAACAUCUCCAAGGACUCGCUUAUCGAGCUUGGUUCCUUGUUGAUUCAUCCUACUCCUAAAAAAGCUUUGGACCAAUUGAAUUACAUGAAGUCCCAGAGAGUUAUAAUUUGCAAACUUGUUGGCCUUUGUGUUAUGGAUAUAUUUGUUGGCUCAAAGGUCCUUACUGAAGCGAAACGAAAAGGGCUUGGGACUACAAUUGAUAACUUUUAA